AUGUACUGGCCCAUUGGAGCGCCAAAAGUAUACGCUCUAUCAAAGCAUGCUACACCGCGCUCGGCGGUAACAGAGAGCCAUGAUGGCGCGGAGAGCUCGGAGCCAUCGGCCAGUAGCGAGGCAAAAGAGUCGAUUGACACGGGAAGCGAGAGCCGGGAGAGCAGUCAAUCACGAUCUACAGCUACCAACGGGGAAAUAGCGAGCAAUGGGAACGACGUGAUAGCUCGCGAGGGCUCGAUACUCGACGCCAAAGUCUCACGCGGAGGGGCCAUCUUUGCCACGAUCACCCGCUCAAGCUUGACGAUAUGGCAGACCAAGCCUACGGUCGCUCUGGCCAGCGUAGUCCGGUCCUCGCGGUCGAUGAAGGCAUACGGCCUCAAUACUGCACUUCUGCUGCGUCCUGAUGCUCUUGUGGCAGUGGUACAAACCUCUGGAGGGUACAUGAUCAGCUAUUCCCUGGCGACAGACCCGAGUGCUAGGGUAUAUGCAACUCAAUUCCCGACGAACAGCAACCGCCAUGCUCGCAAAGAUAGCAUAGACGGCUACAGCAGCUACCAACGUUCCAAUCCCGCGGUCGCAGACGGCGGCCCUGCUGAAGGGGAUGGCAUCAAGGAAGUCAAUGUUCGCUUCCGCAUGGUCAUACGGAUUGAUGCUGGCAUCAAUAAGUCCCUCGCUUUGGACAACGAGCUCAUCAUUGCUACUCAAAGACCUGCAGCCCUGCAGUGCAUCAACUGGAUCACCGACAAGCAGCGCGCGCAAACUAGCACUGAGCUUGUAAGCAAGAUGAGCUGGAUUGUCGAAAAGUGUUCUAUCAUCGAAAUGGUGCACGACCGACCCAUGAACUUGACCUGCUGGAUCACCAGCGAUGGACGAGCUUAUGCGGUCCAGCGUCGCUCAGCUGCGAAUGUAGAUAUGGACAAUCCAUCCAGCUUGUUUCAAGGCUUCUGCUUUCGCCAUCCGGAGACAACAGAAACUGCCGCGGGCAAGGCGGCUAUCAACGCGCGGUUCUCGCUUAUUGCCGUUGGAUGUGCUAACGGAGGUAUCGAUGUGUACACUGUCAAAGACUACAUGGGGAACAUUCCUCUCUCGCACAAGCUCACGUUAUCAGUCUCUGCUGCCUCCGCUGGCGAGCCAACUUUCCUCAGCUACUCGCCGGACGGCUACUGUCUAUUCGCUGGCUACGAGAAGGGCUGGGCAAUGUGGAGCGUCUUCGGCAAGCCACUGUCCAACUCUUUCAAUGCGGACCGAUCUGUCUCCGCCGCCAAUGUCGAAGAGUGGCUUCUUGGAGUCAAGUCUGGCUUUUGGACCGGCGGCGGCUGCGAGCUUGUUCUCCAAGGAUUGGCCGACGAUCGGCUUUGGGUUCUGGAUGUAGCUCGCAACGCUCUCUCGGGUUGUUACUCUCCCUCCAGCAUCUCCCGAGGUCUACUGCAAUCCAGUACUGGUCUCAUGCUGUACAAAGGCCACGACGUCCCCGAUCUGACGGCCGUGCCGGCCGAUAUGGGUCUUUGGCAGACGAUCCAGAUCCCAGCAUCUUACCUACUCAGCCAAUGGCCCAUCAAAAGCGCCGUGGUGUCGGCAGAUGCUAAGUACAUUGCUGUUGCCGGGCGCCGAGGCCUUGCACACUACAGCACUGUUUCAGCCCGCUGGCGGACCUUCGAUGAUCCCGAAGCGGAACAGGAGUUUGCUGUCAGAGGUGAGGAACUGUCUGCGCCGGCCAUCUUCCUUACGAUCAGCAGCACCGACUCGUUGCUGGUGUAUACGUACGACAACACGCUGCUGCACUUCAUCAUCGUUUCGACUGCCUCGAGUGUGAAGCUCGUACAAGUGGGACAGAUUGGCUUUCACGGUAUCAUUCGCGCUCCACCAAGAGUGAGGGCGAUCAGCUGGAUCUUGCCAGCAGCUCAGCUCGAGCAUGGGGAUCCUUCUCACGACGUCGCAACGGCCAGCGUGCUGUUCUUGGUCGAUGGAAAGCUGGUCUUGCUGCAGCCGAGCACCAAUGAGAUGGGUGAGCUGAAGUACGAUAUGCGUGUCAUCGCGCAGAAUGUCGAGUACUACAUCCUGCUCCGUGACUCCCCUCAGCAUCUCCCAGGAGGUCCUGGCGAGGCCGGCUUUGCGACGACACCUGGAAGCGCUUUGGAUCUCAAUAACGACCUCGGCCACUCACUUCGCGACAGCCUCUGGUUCUUCGACGGCACGCACAUGAAUGUCUGGCCCGACGUCCAAGACGUCCUCGCCUCCGCACCUGCCGAUCUAGGCCGUGACCUCCCGCCGACUGUCCGACUACCACUCGACUUCUUCCCCAUCGCGCCACUGGUCGGCAAAGCUAUCCUUCACGGUGUCGAUGCCGAAUUGGUACAACGCCGUGACGUCAACUUCUCACUCUCCCGCCUCGGGCCACGCACCUCGCUCUUCCUUCCGCAGCUUCUACGCCAACACCUCGCCGACUUCAACUCGCCAGCCGCUCUGCAUCUUUCGCACUGCUAUCGCCAUCUGCCCUAUCUCAGCCAUGCACUUGAAGUCCUCCUACACGAUAUCCUGGACAACGAGGUCGACAACCCGCCAUCGCCUCCGGAAGCAGCUCUGCUGCCUACCGCCCUCUCAUUCCUCUCCAGCUUUCCAAGCUACUUGGACGUGGUGGUCAACUGCACACGCAAAACGGAGCUGCGGUCCUGGCGCACGCUCUUUGCGCAACUGCCGCCCGUCAUCGAGUUGUUCGAGCAGGCGAUGCGGGAAGGGCGACUGAAGACCGCGGCGGGGUACUUGCUCGUGCUGCAUACGCUGGACGAGCAGCAGGAUGGCGAGAAGUUCCAGGUUGCUGAGUUUGCGCGGUUACUGAGACGGGCUGUGGGUGAAGAGGAAUGGGAGCUCGGGAGGGAGUUGGCGCGGUUCUUGGUGGGCAUUGACGCUAGCGGUGGGACUCUGAGGAAGGCGCUUGAAGAAGCCAAGCUAGGAGAGAACAUGGAAGCGGGUGAGCAGACCGCGGAUGGAGUUGAUAGGGAAGACUUCGCGGGAGGUCAGGGGAGAGUGUCCGAUUACUUCUCCCUAAGACGCUAG